AUGGUUGAUUUCAUUUAUCGUUUGCUUAUUAAAGAUUUGAAACUAAAUAAAGAUAGCUCAAUCUGCGGUAAUCAUAAUAAAAUGGGUAUCACCAACAAUAUGGUGGAUGAUAAAACCGAACCGGACGAUGAUUCAGUAACAUCGGUUAGUAUCGCUGCUGUGGAAUCUAUGCAAACUAUUGGAAUGGGAUCGUUUGGUCGAGUAUAUCUGGCACGUGAUAGUAAUACUAAAAAAUAUUACUAUGCGCUUAAAAAAAUGUCAAUCGGUAAAAUAAUCUUAACACGACAAAUAAAUCAUGUCUUUUCCGAAAAGAAAAUUUUGGCUUCACUUAAGCAUCCUUUCAUUGUUAAAAUGUAUAGUUCAAAAUGUGAUGGUCAAAAUUUGUAUAUUUUAUUUGAAUAUCUCCCCGGUGGUGAGCUAUUUUCUUAUUUACGAAAUGUUCAACGAUUUCCUGAAAUAACUGCUCGAUUCUAUGCAUGUGAAGUAUUGUUAGCAUUGGAAUAUUUGCAUUCUAAAAAUAUUGUUUACCGUGAUUUGAAACCUGAAAAUUUGAUGUUAACAAAAAUUGGCCAUUUGAAGUUAACCGAUUUUGGAUUUGCUAAAAUUAUCAAUAACAAGACUAAUACAUUAUGUGGAACACCAGAAUAUCUGGCACCAGAAGUGAUCGAUGGUAAAGGUUAUAAUAAAGCUGUCGAUUGGUGGUCAUUGGGCAUUCUUAUUUAUGAGAUGCUCGUUGGGCUACCACCAUUUCAGGAAGAUACACUUAUAAAUAUUUAUGAAGAAAUUAUGACCGGUCGGAUAGAUUUCCCGAAAAAUAUGGAUUUCUUCACGAAAGAUCUGAUAAAGAAACUUCUUCAAUUAGAUCCAUCCAAACGAUUAGGUAAUUUAGAAGGUGGUGCUAAGGAUAUCAAAAUUCAUAAAUGGUUUAAUGAUAUCAUAUGGGAUGAUGUUAUCAAUAUGAAAAUAACGCCGCCAAUCAUCCCAAAAUUGCAAUGUACUGGUGAUACCAGCAAUUUUGGUGACUAUGAUGAAAGCGAUGAGGAAGAUCAAAUGUAUUUAAAUGAAAACAAUUAUCGAUAUCUUUCAAAUCCUUUAAUGCCAGAUUCUCGAUUCUUGACUGAACAUUCUGCUUUUUGA